GUCGGCGGCGUGGCCGAGGGAAAAAAGACAGGGUGACAGCGAGUAUGACGGACGCCGAGGCGCACAGCCCCCCUCCGCAGUCACAGGCACCGCCAUCAUCGGUUCCAUCGGCGGAAGACAAGCCGCUAACUGAGCGGAAAGUCAUAGCCACUUUGGUGCAAGGCACAGUGAAAUGGUUCAACGUGCGUAAUGGUUACGGCUUCAUCAACAGGAAUGACACGAAAGAAGAUGUGUUUGUCCAUCAGACUGCUAUCAAGAAAAACAACCCUAGGAAAUUUCUACGCAGCGUCGGAGAUGGAGAAGUGGUCGAGUUUGAUGUCAUUGAAGCAGCAAAGGGUUCAGAAGCGGCGAACGUGACUGGUCCCGGUGGCGUGCCGGUCAAGGGUAGCCGCUAUGCUCCCAACAAACGUCGCUUCCGCCGGCGGUUCUUCCCCCGCAGCCCUUGGCCCGACGACCAUGGCAAGGUGGCGGAUGGCCAGACCCCCAGUGGAGGCGGCGAGGACACGGAGGCAGGAUUGGGGGAGAACGGAAAACCUCAACCUCAGCGUCGCAGACCUCGCCGACCACACCCAGAAGUGCAAAAUGGGGAAGCGGGUGAAACAAAAACAGAAGGCGAUCAAAUGCAAAGACCACCGCGGCGUCGAUUUUGGCGGCCGUAUCGACGACCAUUCCGUUCACGUCCCGCGUUGGAACAGACUGAUGUCCCUACGACUGCGCCUCCUCCACCGACAUCGGAUGAGCAACCGGAAUCUUCCCAGACGUCAAACAGCGAAGACGCCAAACGUCGCCGCCAAAUGCGACGGCGCCGGCCAAGGAACUCUGAGUCGUCAGCUUCUAAAAACGGUACCGAGAAGUCCGCUUCAGAACCCGGUACCCCGCCUCAGAUGUCAAAGUCAGUCGAAUUGAAGUCGAAAUCCCCAAAACGCUCCCCCAAAAGGCCAAAAUCACCAGAGGGACCUGCCACCACAACUGUUCCGGCACCAACUGAGUGACAAUCCCUAGCGGACAGUCAUGUGACCCGUGGGAAGAGGUUCCAGGGUUGAAGGUCUGGCCUUAUUUUGAGGACACCGCACGUGUCUCCCCUCCUUGCACUCCCCCAUCCUCACCCCCACCACCCCCUGCUACCUGUGUCCUCGCCAUUUAAAGGCAACACAGGUGGGUGGAGGGGUGUGCGUUUACAUAGAAAAUCUUUAAAAGGGAAAAAAGGUGAAGAGAAAAAAAAAAAAACAUAUGCACUAAACAGACGCUUGUUCCUAUCCCCCUAUUUAAAUAUUUGUUUUCUUUAACGCAUCAAGUAGCAACUAGAGGCUUGAUUUUUAUUUCACUUUUUAAAUUUUGUUUAAAAAAAAAUAAAAUAAAAUAAAAAAAUGGGGGGGACAAGGGACAAAGCAGGUGCAUUUAAAGGGCUUGGAUUAGUUGUUACCACCGCCCGACUAUUUACUUUUCUGCUUAUUUGUGAAUGUUUUGUUUCUUUAUAUGGGGGGGAUUAUGUGCAAUGAC